AUGGAGAUGGAAAGGAGCCAGAGCAGCCUGUCAUCCACGGACUCCCCUCACGAUCCCUGCAAAAUGUUCAUAGGCGGUCUCAGCUGGCAGACGACACAAGAGGGAUUGAAAGAGUACUUUUGCAAGUAUGGCGAGGUGAAAGAGUGCAUGGUGAUGCGGGAUCCAGUUACUAAGCGCUCGAGGGGUUUUGGAUUUGUCACUUUUGUUGACCAGGCCGGUGUGGAUUCAGUUUCGGCAGUAACCAGGCAUGAGUUGGAUUCAAAAACAAUUGAUCCGAAAGUUGCGUUCCCGCGUAGAGCCCAGCCCAAGCUAGUGACUCGGACCAAGAAGAUCUUUGUUGGAGGUCUGUCCGUGAACACGACCAUCGAGGAUGUUAAGGCGUAUUUCGACCAGUUCGGAAAGGUUGACGAUGCCAUGCUCAUGUUUGACAAGACCACCAACAGACACAGAGGAUUUGGCUUUGUCACAUUUGAGAAUGAGGACGUGGUAGAUAAAGUGUGUGAGAUCCACUUCCACGAGAUAAAUAACAAAAUGGUGGAGUGUAAGAAGGCUCAGCCCAAGGAAGUGAUGUCACCCAUGGGCUCGGCCAGGGGGCGCUCUCGGGUGAUGCCCUAUGGCAUGGACGCUUUCAUGCUGGGUAUCGGCAUGCUGGGUUACCCAGGGUUCCAGGCAGCUACGUAUGCUAGUCGAAGUUACACUGGCAUCACCCCUGGAUAUACCUAUCAAUUCCCUGAAUUCCAUUUAGAGAGGACCCCCCUUCUGACAUCAUCCCACCCCCCUGAGCUCACAGCCAUUCCUCUGUCGGCAUACGGACCAAUGGCAGCAGCGGCAGCAGCAGUAGCUAGAGGCUCCACCCCCUCUCGUUCAGGAGGGUUCCUGGGAACCAGCAGCCCUGGGCCAAUGGCAGACUUGUAUGCAGCAGCCAAUCAGGAGUCUGCUGUCAGCAGCUACCUCAGCGCUGCAAGCCCCUCCCCAAGCACUGGGUUUGGCCAUAGUCUGGGGGGCCCUCUGAUUGCUACGGCUUUCACUAACGGCUAUCACUGA